CCCCAUUACCAAACCCCACCCGUAACAAAAGAAAAAAAAUAAAAUAAAAUAAAAGAUUUUCUUUUUCUCCGCACGACAGAGCUGCGACGCCGCGACCAUAUUUCCCGCAACCCCACACUCACUGUCACUCACUGAGCCACGAACUUAUAAUUUCCAUAAAGAAACCCUAAUUUCGAGUGAAUUUUCCGCGCUAGGCAUCGAUCUGGUAUCUUGCUUUUGCUGGACAUUUAAUCGUACAGGUAAAUGCCGGAAUCUUACGCCAUGCCGCCGGAGGAGACUGCCGUUAAGUCGCCUCUCGACAAACCGCUUCACCAGCUCACUGAAGAUGACAUUGCUCAGCUCACUCGCGAAGACUGCCGCCGUUACCUCAAGGAGAAAGGGAUGAGGAGACCUUCGUGGAACAAAUCUCAGGCGAUCCAGCAAGUAAUAAUGCUGAAGACGCUCCUCGAAACGCCCCCGGAUUCCGACGCCGGUUCACGCAAGAGGCUUCACAUUUCGCGCUCUCAUAAUAGCCGUAGCAGCAAUAAUGCUCUGGAGAAUGUUCCUAGAGGAACAAGCGGUGAUGCGGAAAAUUCUGUAUCUGCAGAAGAAACGACACCGUACGACACAAAAGAUCUGGACAAACCUGAUUCCUCGGGUGGUUUUUCGGGCCGUUUUACUGCCGCCAAAGAUGAAUCUGCUCAGCCUAGAACCACAGGUUUGACAAAUACUCCAGUUGGGCAAAUGACAAUAUUCUAUUGUGGCAAAAUAAAUGUGUAUGAUGAUGUGCCAACAGAUAAGGCACAAGCUAUAAUGCAUAUCGCUGCAAGUCCGGUACAGUAUCCAGAAGAACUGCUGGUUGAUGGCUCUAAAACACUGCAACCUUUUCCAUGCCUAUCAAAAGCUGUCAGUGCCAAAGCACCUCCAGCUAUCUUGCCAACUCACCAAACAGUGAAAACAAGUGACAACCCUCUACUGCUUGGAGAAGAAAAUAACAUUCUUCGUGAAGAGACACAUUCAGUGGAAGGACCUUCAACCAGAAAAGCAUCAGUACAAAGAUAUCUCGAGAAGAGAAAAGACAGGUUUAAGAGCAAGAGAAAGGCAGGAAUGACCCCAUGUGCAAGCUUGGAUAUGUACUUCAACCACCAAAUGGGUAAUCAGAUGCCAAGAAAUGACACAUGCUCCCCACCCCAAAUCAGACCACCAUCUACCCCUGCGCGCUGCAGUUCCAUGGACAAUGAUUCAGUAAAGAAUGUAUGCCUUUCUACUGGUCUCCAGUAACAAAGGUGUGUGCUCUCUCAGUAGCAAGCUUCUCUCAGAAUUAAGCAGAUUCCUUGCGUGGGGUCCAAAAUGACAAGUCAUUGAUUUACUUCUCAGUAGCAAGCUUUUCCACUGUAAAAUUUGGAGGAAGAUAAUGAUUCCUGUUCUUAUCCAUAAAGUAUCUUGGUUGAUAUUCAUGCCCAGGGCCUGACAAAUGUUCCAUGGGUUCUUGUGCAAGUCCCAUCUUCUUAAAUGGGUAAACUAUAUAAUCUAUAUACUUACACAGAAACCUGCUCGAUAUUUUUUGUACAAUAUUAUCUUUACACCCUGUAGAACAUAGUCUUGUUGAGUUCUACAAUAAAGUUUAAUUUGACAUUUUGCUUAUCCCUGACUACUUCCCCAUUCUGGAGCCUCCUGAUAGUGCGUCUAGAACUAGAACAUUUUUCAGCAUGUGUCCUUUUCCUCAUGCGAAGAGACUACACCAUAUCACACACACAUACACAGUCCUGCAGGCUCUCUUUGAAGCAUAUACAUCUUUGGAUCAUUGCAUGGCCUUUUAGUUGAAAUGUUCUAUUGCAUGAGGGUAUUACAAAUACUUCCGUUGCUGUCUUUGGGUUGGUACCCUCGAGCUGUUUGGAGGGGAAA